AUAGGAUAUAUGUUUAAAGUGCUUUAUGCGCUAGGCACGUACUGAAGCGAAAGUGAGCGGCAAAGAGGGUGACAAUUGUUGGCCAGGUGACCGGGUCUGCUUGGUGCUGGGUCGGACGACGUCGCUCACUGUGUAUGUGUGUGUGUGUGCCGCUAAACGGUGCACGCAACAAACGACUAACUAAGCGUGGAGCAAGGAAUACAAUAAGCAUACAGGUUUGACGCAAGCACACACACAAGUCCACCCACUAUACCACCCACCUACCCACCCAUACACUCUCUCUCUCACUCUAUACACGCACACUUACCAACACACAUAUAAACUUUGUAGCCAUACAGUUAGCGCCACGUAGAACAAACAAAAGCAAACCAAACCAAACACACUUCAUCUAUAUCUAUUUAUCUACCUGUGAUCAUGACAUAUAUACCUAAAAGAAUGCAACAUUAUGCGCAUGCAGCCAUGAAUCUGAUUAAUAUGGAUUCGGAAAAUCGCGUCGUGCUCAAUGUGGGUGGCAUUAGGCACGAGACGUACAAGGCCACCCUCAAGAAAAUACCAGCGACUCGAUUGUCGCGUCUAACCGAAGCGCUCGCCAACUAUGAUCCCAUACUCAAUGAGUACUUCUUCGAUCGACAUCCCGGCGUAUUCGCUCAAGUGCUCAACUACUACAGAACCGGCAAGCUGCAUUAUCCCACAGAUGUCUGCGGUCCGCUGUUUGAAGAGGAAUUGGAAUUUUGGGGCUUAGACUCAAAUCAAGUGGAACCCUGCUGCUGGAUGACCUAUACACAGCAUCGUGACACGCAGGAAACUUUAGCCGUUUUAGAUCGUUUAGAUCUGGAUACGGAAAAACCGUCCGAAGAGGAAUUGGCGCGCAAGUUUGGCUUUGAGGAGGAUUACUACAAAGGCACCAUAUCCUGGUGGCAAGAAAUGAAACCACGCAUCUGGUCACUAUUCGACGAGCCCUAUAGUUCCAAUGCCGCCAAGACCAUUGGCGUUGUUUCUGUAUUCUUUAUCUGCAUUUCGAUAUUGUCCUUCUGCCUGAAAACCCAUCCCGAUAUGCGUGUGCCCAUUGUGCAUAAUGUAACGGUGAAAACGGCAAAUGGCAGCGCUGCCUGGUUUCUGGAUAAAUCAAUGACUAAUGCGCAUAUCGCAUUCUUCUAUAUUGAAUGCGUUUGCAAUGCUUGGUUUACAUUUGAGAUAUUGGUGCGCUUUAUCUCAUCGCCGAACAAGUGCGAGUUCUUAAAGUCAUCUGUUAACAUCAUAGAUUAUAUAGCAACGCUUAGCUUUUAUAUCGAUCUAGUGCUUCAGCGAUUCGCAUCGCAUCUGGAGAACGCUGACAUACUCGAGUUCUUCUCGAUCAUACGCAUUAUGCGAUUGUUUAAGCUGACACGUCACUCGUCCGGCCUCAAAAUCCUAAUACAAACGUUCCGCGCCUCGGCCAAGGAGCUGACGCUAUUAGUCUUCUUCCUCGUCCUGGGCAUUGUGAUCUUCGCCAGUCUCGUUUACUAUGCCGAGCGCAUACAACCGAAUCCGCACAACGAUUUCAACAGCAUACCGCUGGGAUUGUGGUGGGCGCUGGUCACCAUGACCACCGUGGGAUAUGGUGACAUGGCGCCCAAGACCUACAUUGGCAUGUUUGUGGGCGCUCUCUGCGCUUUAGCCGGUGUGCUAACCAUUGCACUGCCCGUGCCCGUCAUUGUCAGCAAUUUCGCCAUGUACUAUUCCCACACGCAGGCACGCGCCAAGCUCCCGAAGAAGCGUCGGCGUGUGCUGCCCGUGGAGCAGCCACGUCAGCCACAACGUGCACCCGGUGGUGCUGUUAGUGGGUGUGGCACGCCUGGUUCGGGUCCACACUCGGGUCCCAUGGGUUCGGGUGGCACUGGACCGCGUCGCAUGAACAAUAAAACCAAGGAUCUGGUCAGUCCCAAGUCAGUUGCUCAACUCUUCACAGGUCCCUUGGGCGCCAGCAUUGUGGCCAUGAGUCCACGCACUAUGCUCGAUCUGAAUCCAGCCCUGGCCAUGGGUAAGCCCACAUUUCAGCCACGUUUUCCCACACAGCUGGCCGCCACUGGCAACACAAUGGGCGCCGCAGCUGCAACAGCAACAACUACAGCAGCCACCGCACCAAUUGUGCCAGCAACUGUUGCUGCCGCUGCAGCAGCAACUGUUGUCACUGCCGCAACGGCGGCUACACUGCCAGCGGUGCCAAGCAUAGCGGUUACCGCCAGUCUGGGCAAGGACUUCAGCACCACCACCACCAGCACCACAACAACAACACUGGACAACAGCAGCAAGAAGGCGUUUCUCUAAAUUCAACAGCAACCAAUUUGUAUUUGAACAGCAACUGCAACUCAUUGAGCAAUAUUUUUUAGUACUAAUGUUAACCUUCGCAUACGUAUCAAGAAAAUGUUUUUCGUGUUAGCAGUUUUUACCGUUAAUCGGCCAUAUCAUGACAUACAUAUUACCUUAUAGAGCCUCUAUAUAUAAGUAUUAUUACAAUUAAUAAUGCAUCAGCCAUUUGUGUUUUUACAUUUGUUAGUCAGCGCGCUGUAUAUAAGAUAUAUAAUUUAAAUAAGUAAUUCAAACUAAUACUCUUAUGGGUUGGCCAGUUAUUGUAUUUAUAGCUGCCUGACGUGCUUCAAAGUUUUAUCCCCUAAUCUAAUAGUUCAAACGUUUUUUAUUAACGCUACAUAAUUGCCUAAUUAGAAAAAACAGCAUUUUUUGGUUUUUAAAGACAGUUCUGCAGAAGUACAGUGGUCACUAGCUAAUUUUUAAUUAAUAAUUUUCAUAUCAAAAAAGUAACUGCUAAGUACUAAGAGCAAUUUGCUAUGGAAUUGAAGUUUGUUAAUUUUUAAAAUUAAUUUUGUUAAACUGACUACAAAGCAAUAUAUAGUUUAAGCCACAUCUUUAUUUAAAAUACAAUCACAACGCUUAAAAGUAUGCUGCAUUAUUAACGCUUGAGCAAUUGUAGCGCAUGUCAAACUGUUAACUGCGCUGCGUUUCCACUGCUCGCGAGCAACUACUGUACUUCCGUUGAAUGGCAACCUGCUUAAAAUUCAUUGAAGCAAACAAGCAGCAGCAAUCGCUUGUUAAGGGCACGUGCUAACUUCUCUUAACUAAUAAGCACACAUACCCCAACUCGGAAGUUUCGAUGCGCUGAACCAAACAACAUUGUGCAGGAAAAACUUUUUUUUUUGUUUUAUACAACUUAACAAAAACAAAUGAAAAUGAAUAUUGCGCUGUCCUGGCAACGGGCCUCAACUUGAGUUUUCAUACAGCUUGAGCUUGAGAGAGAGAGAGUCAGAGGAUUACACACACACAUACAAUUCAGUACUUGAAGUUUAAUUACAGAUUUUUAAGCUCAACCCCACACACACAGUCGUCUACAGUCGCUGCUGUAUGUAUGUGUAUGCAUAAUUAUACGCAGAAAUUUACAUUCGAAAUACUCUGGCAGCAAAUAUUUAUAUGUUGUUCUUCAGUUUCUUAGCUUGUUAUUUUAUUUCAACACUUUCAAAGCGGGGGACGGAGGGGUCAGAGUUCAUUGCAAACACAACGCGUUUCUUUAGCUUAAGCGAAAAGCAACUCUUGUAAAUUUUUAGUAACUCUCAAAAGCAAGCAUUAUACAUAUACUAACAUAUAGUUGUUUAUAUAUU